UUAAUUAGUCAGAGAAGGUCAUUAUUGACACCUCAUGACAGGGAUUCCCAUAUAAACCUCCUUUUACAGUGCGGACUGUCAAUUUAAGAGCCUCAUCAACCACUUCGGAAUCAAAUCCGGACCCCUAAAAGACUGCAACAUGUCCUCACGGCCAAUCAGAAUCACCACCGCAGAGUUCACUGCGAGGGGUCACGACCCCAGAAAAACUAGCACAGUUCUGGACCUGACGAGCGGCUGCCAUGACCAGACCUCCAACGGUAUUGAGCGUCCUUCAUCCAAACCCUGGGAAGCAGGACAGCUUCCCAAAGUCCAUUUGCCCACAAAGACCAGCGAGGACAGACGUGGAGAAAUGUCUUCACCGUUCAUCAGCUUACUGAGGUUUCCUGUCCUCUUGCUCUUGCUCUACGGGUUUGUGUGCUCGCUGGACAUCCUAAGCUCUGCUUUCCAACUCGCUGGAGGCAAAGUGGCUGGAGACAUUUUCCAGGACAAUGCCAUCCUAUCCAACCCUGUAGCAGGACUCAUGGUGGGGAUUCUGGUCACGGUUCUGGUCCAGAGCUCCAGUACCUCCACAUCCAUUAUAGUCAGCUUGGUCUCAUCUGGAUUGCUUGAGGUGAAGUCUGCCGUCCCCGUCAUUAUGGGCUCCAACAUCGGCACUUCCGUCACCAACACCAUCGUCGCCCUGAUGCAGGCAGGAGAGAGGAACGAGUUUAAACGAGCGUUCGCAGGGGCGACGAUCCAUGACUGUUUUAACUGGCUGUCGGUGCUGGUUUUGCUGCCGGUGGAGGUGGCGUCUGGUCUGGUGAGUUAUUUGGCCAGAGUCACUGUCAGCAGCUUUCAGCUGCACAGCGGAGAAGAAGCUCCUGAACUGCUGAAGACGCUCACCGAACCCUUCACUAAACUUAUCAUACAACUGGAUAAAUCAGUAAUAACGGGCAUCGCUCUGGGCGAUGAGUCCAUGAGGAAUCACAGCCUCGUGAAAGUCUGGUGCAAGUCCAGCAGCUUUGUGUCCUCAGUGAAUGUGACAGCAGCUGCUGUAAAAAACUGCUCCACUGAACUGCAUUGUGGGAAGGACAGUAAUCUGACCUGGAUCACACAGAAUAUCAGCUCGCAGAUCAACACAGAGAAAUGCCGGCAUCUGUUUGUGGACUCGGGUUUGUCGGACCUGGCGGUGGGGCUCAUUCUGUUAGCCAGCUCUCUGAUGGUGCUGUGCACCUGCCUGCUGCUCAUCGUCAAAGUGCUGAACUCUCUGCUCAAAGGUCAAGUUGCAAAGGUCAUCGAAGGGGUCAUCAACACGGAUUUCCCGUACCCUCUCGGCUGGCUGUCAGGAUAUCUGGCCAUGUUGAUGGGAGCAGGAAUGACCUUUAUCAUCCAGAGCAGCUCUGUGUUCACCUCGGCUAUGACUCCACUCAUAGGCAUCGGUGUGAUAAGUCUCAACAGAGCGUAUCCUUUGACCUUGGGUUCUAACAUUGGCACGACCACCACGGCCAUCCUCGCAGCUCUCGCCAGCCCCAGAGAGAAGCUUCCUGCUGCAUGCCAGAUUGCCUUGUGCCAUUUCUACUUCAAUAUUUUUGGGAUUUUACUGUGGUAUCCGGUCCCGAUCACUCGUCUGCCCAUCCGUAUGGCGUCUGCGCUUGGCGAACGCACUGCCAAGUACCGCUGGUUCGCUGUGCUCUACCUUCUGGCGUGUUUUCUGCUGCUGCCUUGCCUCGUGUUCGGCAUCUCUCUGGCCGGGUGGCAGGCCAUGGUCGGCGUCGGUGCGCCGUUCGCCGCGCUCACCAUCUUCGUCCUCCUGGUCAACCUGAUGCAGUCCCACAGUCCCACGCACCUGCCGAAGACUCUGCGCAGCUGGGACUUUCUCCCGCAGUGGAUGCACUCUCUCAAACCGCUAGACAAGCUCAUCACCAAAACAACGGCGCUGUGCUGCAGCCCGGCUCGACUUAAUGACCCAGAUGUGCUCGUAGUGACUCCAGACACAACAAACAUCAAGCCAGAGUCAAAGAAACAAAGUGAACAGUGGUAUGACAACCCUGCCCUGUCCCUACCUGAAGAGAUUUCCUCAGAGCCCAGAGUGUUUAGACUUAGAGGACUAGAAAGAUGUAACAGCACGCCAUUGUAGAUUCGUAUUCUUUCCAAAAUAAACCAUUAUGGUUUAAAUAGCCUUUUUCAUAUAAUUCUCUAUUCCUAAACCUAGUGAGCUGUCUAUGUAGAAAGCAUUUUAAGGCAGCAUAUGCGUGAAUGCUCCAUCUAAGAUAAUGUUUUGGCCCAAUUGUAAGACAGCAUAUUCAUUCAUGUAGAAGCCAAGCUCAUAAUGCACUGCAACAAGCUCAAGAACAAAUCUGUCCAAGAUGGCAGGCCGAUGUAAUUACAUUUUUUUAUACUUAGAGUUUACAGUGCAUUCAAAAAGUAUUCAGAUCCCCUUUGUUUUUGUCCCCCCAAAUUUUAUGUUCCAGCCUAAUACUACAAUUGUUUAAUAACUUAAACAUCACAUUUACAUAAGUAUUCAGACCCUUUAUUUAGUAUUUAGUUGAAGCACCUAUGACAGAAAUUACAGGUUCAAGUAUUUUUGGGUACGACGGACCAAGCUGUCUGAGGGUCCUUUAGGUGCUGUUUUGCAGAUUCCAAGUGUGUUUUCAUGCGUCUUCAAUGAAGAGAGGAUUGAGUUUGGCUACACCGCCGUUAAGCCCAGAUCUGUGGCGUGUUGAGUGAUGUUUGUCAUGUAGGUUUCUCCCAUCUGCAUAUGAUCACGGAGCUCAACUAGAAUCAUCAUCAGUUUCUAGACAAGGCCCUUCUUCAUCAGUUGUUCCUUUUUGCUAGGCGACCAGCUCUUGAAAGAUUCCUAGUUGUGCCAAAUGUUUAUAAAAUAUGUUUGAGGUUUAUGAAAAGCCACUGUGCUCUUGGGAACCUUCAGCGCAGCAGAAAUGUUUUGUAGCCUUUCCCAGAUCUGUGCCUCGAUACAAUCUUGUCUCUGAGCUCUGCAUGCAGUUCUUUUCGUUCUCACUCUGAUAUGCAUUGUCAGCUGUGAGGCCUUUUGUGGAGAGGUGUGUAUACGUUUCCGAAUCAUGUCCAAUCAAUUUCAUUUACCACAGGUGGACUCCAGUCAAUGUGUAGAAACAAUCACAGCAAUGAUCAAGUGAAAUGGCACCUGAGCUUGAUUUCAAGUGUUGUUGGAAAAUACUUACGCUGAAUACGUAUGUAAAUGUGAUAUUUCAGUUUUUCAAUAAAUUUACAGACAUUUCUAAAAUUCUGUUUUCACUUUAUCAUUAUGAGGUAAGGAGUGUAGAUCAAUGAGAGAGAAAAAAAAAUUGUAUCAGACUGCAACAUAACAAAACAGUGAAGAGGGUCUGAAUACUUUCUGAAUGCACUGUAUAUAUCCAGAUUUAAAUGCUGCAUUUAUUUGAUAAAAACAGUAAUAUUGUGAAAUAUUUCUUCUUCCUGUUAAUACUUCAGAAAUCAUUCUGCUGCUCAAGAAACAUUUGUUUCUUCAAAAUUUAAUGUAGAUCACUAGGUUUUGGAACAGAUGCUCAGUUUUACAUCUGGUGCUUAUUCAAAUUCUAAAUGCACUUUUUGAGAAAAUUAGUCUAAUUGUACUCACAAUAACAUUUUCACAAUAGGUUAAGAGAAUUAAAUGAAGCUUCAGCUCAAGGCCAUUGUGUCUCUGAAGAAUCUGGGUGAAGGUCUUGUUGUUUUGUCCUGCAGUCAUGCAUGAAUGUUUAUUAUCUGCAGCACUAUGUAAAUCUCGCUGAAUAAGCAGUUUGAAAGUCUGCAUCGACAGAUGGGAUCUGUAUGGCACCAACAUAAUAACUUAGGGCCAUUCCAGCAUUAAAUAAACAAAUAGUUUGCUUUUUAAUUUCGUUGCAGGAUGUCAAUGUUAAAAUGGAGAGUAUUAUUGGAAAAUAGUUUCAAUUAAGUAUUAAACCCAUCUCCAGUGUUUUGUAUUAAAUGUAAUUUUAAAGCACAUACUUAGCUCUAGAAAAGUGUUUUGAUUUAUCCAAUAAUUUGAUUUAUCCAAUGAUAAACACUAAGAAUGUAUUGAAUACUUCUUCAUACAGCCAAAAACGCAAUAUUAUAGAAAAAAUGUUUAAGAACGGACAU